AAAACCGUGCGGCAUGCCCCGAUAAUCGUGACGGAUGUAGCAGUAACCGUCUCAGAGCGAGGGCGAUUAUCGCUCAUAUCAUCAUGGUUUUUAGCUGAAACCGUACGAUUAUCGUCCAAAACCAUAAUCUGCAAGUCUUUGCGAUAAUCGUGCGGAACUGCGCGAUAAUCACGCCUUACCACGCGAUAUGGUGGCCGAAGCCAUCACGAUUUUGUUUGAAUUUUUAAAUUUGAAUUUGUCCGAUAGAUUGCAAUAGCACUAAGAGAAAACAGCUCAUCAAGUUCUUGUGUGGUUUUUAAACGAUUAUCGUGAUAAUCAUCGAUGAUUAUCGUGGCUCCUCCGCCUAGGAACGGUUUGGAGUGUCUCGGCGAGAAAUGAAACCCUGGUUACGUCCCAACCAUAAUAAUAAUUAUAUGAGCAUAAGGUGGUAAAUAGUUAAAUUUGCCGGUUUCCGAUCAGAGAUCCGUACAGCCGGAGGAGAGUCACGGGGCUCCGGCGCGGCACGGCCAGCCUUCUCUUUUCCCGCGUCGCGCCUCCUCACGUUCGCCGCCGGCGAGCUCGGUCGGCGCCACGGACCCGGUCUCGAUCUUAGAUUCCGCCACCUACCCUUCUCCCCUGAGCCGGCGUCCUCGGGAGCAACGGGCCGGCGAGCGGGUUUCGGGAGCCGUCCCGACUCGGGCCUCGAACUGAAUUGGAGGUAUCCCCUACUCCUCUUCCUCCACGCCCUUAUCACCAGACGGCGUGGCAUGGGUUGGAAAUCCAUCUUACAUGAUUCCAUCCAGUUUCCUCUGGAUUGCUCUCUGAUGCAUGGUGCAGUACCAAGAGAAGUUUGUUAGGUCCACCUCUGGUUCACUCUUCACUGUCACCGAGGGAUGAAUUUGGCAGCAGUAACAAUGGAGGCAGUUCAUGACUGUGUGGUCAAGCUGAGGAGCAAUCCUCGGCGGCGCAGGGAUACUGUCUGUGUUGGCUGUGGGGCUGGAUUUGGGGGUGACAGGCCGAUGGCGGCUCUGAAGCUACUGGAGAGAGUCAAGGAGCUUAACUACCUUGUGCUUGAGUGUUUGGCCGAGCGAACUCUCGCGGAUCGCUACCAAAUUAUGAUGUCAGGGGGGAAAGGAUUUGAUCCCCGAGUUAAGGAAUGGAUGUCUGUGCUUCUACCCUUAGCCUUGGAUAGAGAAGUUUGCAUAAUAACUAACAUGGGUGCUGUGGAUCCACUUGGAGCACAGGAAGAAGUUCUGAAUCUGGCAUCUACUUUGGGAUUGGAGCUAACGGUUGCUGUAGCUUAUGAAGCAUCUUCAGGAAAUUCUAUAUAUUCUAAUGAAUCAACUGGGGUGGGACAGGGCAGAAGCACAUACCUUGGUGCCGCCUCCAUUGUACACUGCCUAGAAAAUGGCAAACCACAGGUUGUGAUUACUUCUCGGGUUGCUGAUGCUGCGCUGUUCUUGGCACCUAUGGUAUAUGAAUUAGGUUGGAACUGGAAUGACUUUGAGGAGUUGUCACAAGGGACAUUGGCUAGCCAUCUUUUGGAAUGUGGAUGCCAACUCACUGGAGGGUAUUUCAUGCACCCUGGAGAUGCAUACCGAGAUUUUUCUUUUGAACAGCUUCUGGGUUUGUCUCUUCCAUAUGCCGAAGUCAGUUACAAAGGAGAAGUGUGUGUUGGGAAGGCAGAGGGCAGUGGAGGUCUUAUAAACUACAGCACAUGUGCAGAACAGCUUCUGUAUGAAGUUGGAGAUCCUGCAAACUACAUCACUCCUGAUCUGGUUGUAGAUUUCCGUGAUGUGAAGUUCCACCAAAUAUCAAAAGACAAGGUCCUCUGCAAAGGAGCAAAACCAUCUAAUCCUUGCCAGCCUGAGAAACUCCUCCAGUUGCUUCCUACUGAGAGUGGAUGGAAAGGAUGGGGAGAGAUAUCAUAUGGUGGCCAAGAGUGUUUGAAACGGGCUCACGCAGCAGAAUACCUAGUUAGAUCAUGGAUGGAGGAAACAUAUCCUGGUAUUGAAGAAAAAGUUAUCUCAUACAUAAUAGGAUAUGAUAGUUUGAAAACUAUUGGAGGAAACAAAGACAGUCCUGACAAACAAGUGAUGGAUGCCAGGCUUCGGAUGGAUGGGCUUUUUGAGCUGGAAGAACAUGCUGUCAAAUUUGUUAAAGAAUUCAUUGCGCUUUAUACAAAUGGGCCAGCUGGUGGUGGCGGCAUAAGCACUGGACAGAAGAAGGAAAUAACCCUGCAGAAAAUACUGGUUGAUCGGGAAAAGAUCUUCUGGCAAGCAAAUAUGAAGAGAUCGACUCAUCCUUGCUCGCAGUCGCAGAAGCAGGCUACAAAUGUUGACAAGGGUCAAAUGCGUGACCAGCAAAAGCACAAGCACCCAGGACGUGGUGCUAUGGGCACUCAGCACUCAAACACAGGCAUGGACACCAUAAUGCCAUCUGCUGUUCCUGCUCCAUCCGGAACAAAGAUGCCUCUUCACCGCAUAGCUCACGGCAGGGCCGGCGACAAGGGAAAUGAUCUGAAUUUCUCCAUCAUUCCUCACUUCCCUGGUGACAUUGGCCGGCUCAGGGCAGUGAUCACUCGAGACUGGGUCAAGAAUGCUGUUUCACCGCUUCUUGAUUCCUCCUCAUUCCCCACCGAUCGAUCAGUUCGGCGUCGAAAUGAUCUGCUGGAGCAUGUAACUGUCGAGAUCUAUGAUGUCCUAGGAGUCAGCUCUCUGAACGUUGUGGUGAGGAGUAUCCUCGAUGGUGGCGUGAAUUCUUCGAGAAGAAUUGAUCGGCACGGGAAGACUCUGUCCGAUCUCAUCUUGUGCCAAAAUGUUAUCCUGCCUCCGUGACCGGAGAAGUAUACCUGGUCAUGUAGCUUGUGCCAUGGCUUGUUCCAGCUUUUCGUCUUUUCACAUAUGCUUAUAAGUCAAAAUUUAAAUUUUAAAACCAAUGUUUAGAGUUGAUUUUGGAGUUUUUUCAUCGUACCUUUGCUUUUAGAUCUCUAAGAGCACAUAUCUAAAUGUUUUCCCACAAAUUUUUUGAUUAUUAAUAAGCCGUUUCGUAUUUUCGCUUAUUCGCUUAUGCUUAAUUUUUGAAACAACUAGGCUAAAACUUUUGCAUGCAAAUGCAGCUAGGGAAAUUUUGCAUGGGAAUAGAAGAGGUGAACUGAUCCCUUUUACCCUUUGUCUUGGAGUGCAUUCGCUUGUAUGUACAUGAGAAAAUACUCUAAAAUGGGCAAAUGUGCAUCUU